AAAAAUUUACUGGCGCGCAGCAGUCGUCUUGGAGCCUUCGAUACGAGUACUCGUCUCGCAAUAAUAAUAAUAAAAUUCAAAUUUAGAAGUGAAUCAUGGCCAUCAGCAGGUUGUCUAUCAUCAAGUUUCUGGAGCUGGCACUUACGUGUUCGUGCGUGGCUCUCCAUUACCACAGUUACAAUGCAGAUGCGGAUAUCGGCAUGCUCGUCACCGGUACCUUUGUCGGGUACCUCAUCAUAUUCGCUGGUGCGGCCGCGGGCUACAUAAUGCAGACUCCUUCACACAAACGGAUCGACAUCUUCUAUUCGCUGGUCGGCGUUGCCUUGUUCGUCGCUAGCGGUGCCAUUAUUAUUGACAGAUUCCAACAUUAUGGUAAGAGCGAGAUCAAAGACAAGAAUUUGGCUAAGGCGUCGUUGGCUAUCAUCAAUGGCGCUAUCUUACUUGUUGAUGCUGUCCUCACGCAACGAGGAGGCUAAACUACGUACACAAAAUAGAGCUGCACAAUCAGAAAACGAUUUCAAAUGCUGCAUACAAAUACAAUGCUGUCUUAUUAGGAUUACUAUGGUCCGCCUAAUAAUCUGAAUUCCACCGCAAUCACUGUUACCUCAAGAUUUCUAUACAAAUGUUUUGUUUAGUAAUUGUUUUUUUUUUCGUGUAAAGGUGGUAAGAAAACUGUCUUUUGAUUGGUAACACUAAAGCUAAUAAACACCAAAAAAAAUUUCUGGUUUCCGUUCAAAACGUACAAAAAUUUCGCCUUUUUAACACCAAAAAAAAUCGAACACAGGAGAAAAGUGUACUGAAUUGUUUUGUCUUUAUUUAUGUACAGAUUUGUAAUAUAUUACAAAUCCUGAAAAAUAAUCAUAUUAAAUGACGAGGAAAAUAAAAGAAGGUUUGUAUUCAAUUAUUUGUGCAGCAUUUUUUUUUCUUAAUUGUUUUAUGUUGUUUAUGGAGACGUGUCUUUAGUCUUUAAUGAUAAAAUAAACAUUCGUACCGUGUCUUAUGUUUUAAAUGUUUAAAAAUGGAAUUUUCAAAAAAAAAAUUAUGUUUCAAAAUCAAAAUACACUUGAACAUAGAACCUCCUUCCUUUUUGAAUUGACUAAAGAACUUAGUAAUUAAAUUAGAGAGUAUCAUCACAAUUUGCUUUUACCUUAAAUACCAAAAGAAGGCUUUCACAGGAAUUCACUUCAUAUUGAAAGGUUUUUUUGAGUUUUCAUUUGAAAAGCACCUUUCAUGUAACAAACACACCAAAGAUUUCUUCAAUGAAUAAAGACACGUCUUUGUAAAUACGUCAAAGUACCUAAAGUAAUUUAUUCAGUUUCAACUAAGAGUCUCCAUUUUUCGUAUUUAACACAAAAAAUAUAUAGAUUUUGUCAUAAACCUGUUAAUAUGUAUCUUUUUUUAAUUCGUCCGUAUUUUUUUUUAUAAAUGCAUUUCUUAUCGUAUAAGUUCAAAAUACUUUUAAAUUUACUGUAACUCACGAAAUUUAUUUCAAAAAACACCAUAGUAGAAUUACAAAUAAAGGCACUGGCACUAUGAGCCUGCCCAGGCCUGCUUGGUAGUAUUUGGUAGUAUUGUGGUACCUAUACCAUACCAUAAUCCUGCCAAAUUAAAAUUGGGGCUUUGACUUUCGUAAUACCGCCAUCGAUAUGAAAGUGGUGUUGGUUAAAAUAAAAAAAAACUGGCUUUCCUUUAAACCAUUGUUAAGCUUAAAAUCUUAGCUACCUUAUCACUGCAUAUAUUGAAUUUCCUACCGAUUUUAAGUUGUUUGUUGAAUCAAAUUCUAUUAAUGUUAUUUCUUGUUAGCAGAUGAAUAAACGUGUUUGAGAACUCGAUAUUAAUAGGAACACGCUAGAAGUAAAUUAUGCCAUUUUAAACUUUUCGCUUUUGAAUAUUUUUUGCAAUAAGUAUUCAAAUUGUAUAACCGGCUAAGAGUGUUUAAUAUUUAAUGUAAGUGUAAUGCUGUGUCUUAAAUGUAUAUUUUUAUAUGUCUUGUAACUCUUUAAAAUAUAUUUAUACACGUUCAUCUUAGAUAAAAAAAAUAAGGUUAUUAGUACCUCUAUUACUACUUGUGAACAAUUUACAUAAGUUUUGAUAACACCAUUUAAAUGUUUUUUAUGUGCGUAUGUGGAACCGCUUAAUUAAAUGUAAGAUAAU